AUGGCUACAGAUAUUGCCCUUCUUUCCAUGACUUGUACUCAGAUCCAAAAAUCAUCACAAUCACAAUCUCAAUCAAACCCUAACACCACCACCACCACCACACCAUCAUCAUCAACUUGGAUGUGGAACCCUAAACAACAACAACAUCAAGAACAAGAAGAUGAAGAUUCAUGGGAGGUAAGAGCUUUUGCCGAAGACACAAGGAACAUCAUGAACACAACAUGGCCACCAAGAUCCUACACCUGCACUUUUUGUAGAAGAGAGUUCCGAUCAGCUCAAGCUCUUGGCGGUCAUAUGAACGUCCACCGCCGCGACCGUGCUCGUCUCCAUCAAAAUCAACCACUGUUAAAUUCCUCCUCUCAUCAUCCUUCUUCUCCUUUCAUACAUAUCCCUCCGCCAGAGCUUGUUAAUGCUGGACUGUGCCUUUUUUAUCAUUCACCAAACCCUAAUAUUUCUUCCUUCAAUGAUUCUAAUGGAGAUUCUCCUUCAACUCUUCUCUCUAUCUCAUCAUCAUCUUAUCCAACAAACAACUUCAUGAUGCAAAUGCAAACUUGUUCUCCUCCAUCUUUUCAUUUUCAAGCUAAUUCAGCCAGGAAUUUGAUCAGUAAUAGUAGCAUCUCUUCUUUUUCUAACAAACCUGCUAUCUGCACCUCCAUCGAUGAUAAGCCUUAUGAAAUUGAAGAACUCGAUCUUGAGCUACGUCUGGGGAACAAGCCUUUACCCACAUGA